AUGUGCGGACGUGAAGUCGAUGACGGCAGAGGGUACUGGGGAAGCAAACUUGAAUUUGUUCUGGCCACUAUCGGCCAAGCCGUUGGUCUUGGAAACAUAUGGCGAUUUUCUGCAGUGGCUUACAAUAAUGGUGGAAGUGCAUUUCUUAUUCCAUACAUCACAUUGGUAAUAUUCUUCGGGCUCCCAACAAUGUAUCUCGAAAUGGCUAUCGGUCAGUACACGAGCAGUGGUCCAUCUACAGUCUUCAGGCAUUACAUACCAGCCCUGCAAGGUAUGUGUGGCCGAGUAUCCGCAUUGGCAUGGAUGCGAAACGUGUGCACGAUAUCCACUACCACUUCUGCUUAUCUUCGCACUCUACUAAGGAAUAUUUUAGGCGUCGGAUGGUCGAUGACAUGUGUAGGGGUUACUAUCUGCAUCUACUAUUGCCUGGUAGUUUCGUGGAUUUUCAUGUAUUUGUCGUCAGCCGCUACCGGUGGAUUGGAACUAUGGGCAAGUUGUAGUAAUGAAUGGAAUGAUAUCUGCCAUCCGAUCUGGGAAUCAUGCACGCUUCAGCUAUAUGCCAACGCCGAGUUUGCUCAUCAAUGA